CGCGGCGCUGCGGGAGCGCGCGCGCGCCGCCGCCGGGGCCGUGUCGCGCGUCAUCGGCACGUCAUCAGCGGGCGGCCGUGACGCGCCAGGCGGGAGCGGCGGGGGAUGGGGCGGAGCGGGGCCGCGCUGCGCCUGGCGCUGGAGGGGAACAUCGCCGUGGGCAAGUCCACGUUCCUGCGGCUGCUGGGCCGGGCGUUCCCCGAGUGGCGCCUGGUGGCCGAGCCGGUGGCGCAGUGGCAGAAGGUGGCGGCGGGCGCCGAGGAGGCUCCCGGCUCCGGCAACCUCCUGCAGCGGCUGUACCAGGAGCCGUCCCGCUGGUCCUUCACCUUCCAGACCUUCUCCUGCCUGGGCCGGCUGAAGGCGCAGCUGGAGAGGCCGGCAGGGCCCGCGGCACCCGUGCGGGUGUUCGAGAGGUCCGUGUACAGCGACAGUGUGGAGAUGCGGAUGUGUUCACCAUGCUGGUCCACGCUGGCCAACGUCGUGCCAUGUGUACUGACUUCCCUGUGGCUUGCCACCCUGUCCUCUCUGUCCAUCCCUAGGUAUGUCUUCGCAAAGAAUCUCUUUGAGACUGGCCACCUGGACAUGCUGGAGUGGGCCAUCUACCAGGAGUGGCACUCCUUCCUCCUGCAAGAGCUGGGUGACCGUGCCACCCUGCAUGGCUUUCUCUACCUGCGGGCCACCCCACAGAGGUGCCUGGAGCGGCUGUGGCGGAGGGCAAGGGUGGAGGAGAGGGGUGUGCAGCUGCUGUACCUGCAGCAGCUCCACAUGCAGCAUGAACACUGGCUGCUGGAAAGGAGGACCAAGGUGCAUUUUGCAGACAUGAGGCACAUGCCCGUCCUGGUUCUGGAUGUCGAUGGGGACUUUGAGCAGGAUGCAGCCAUGCAGGACAUCCUGAUGGCGCAGGUAGAGUCUUUUGUGAAGUCACUGCAAAACAAGCCUGUGCCACCACACCCUGACCCCUGCUGAGCCCCACGCCCCCAGAACUACCAAACCCUGCUGCAAAGACAAGGGAACAAACCUGGGUACUGCUCCAUUUGGGGACUAGAGGUGUAUUUAUUCCACCAGUGGCAUGGAAUGCUUUUAAAAGAGUAUUGGGAGGUGCAGUGUGACACACUGGGAGACCCAUGCCCUGCUGCGCUGCUGUCUCCAACACAUCUGUUGCUGCUCAGCAGGGAUCCACAGCUGCUCUGCAGCAUGGGUUGAACGUGCUGGUUCCAUUACAAAGGACAAAAUCUUUGUGUUUUUAUAUGUGUUACAGUUACAUCAAAACCCUGUUACAUUUUUGUUUGCCCCCCCCCCCCCAAAUUAAAACAAAAGCAUUGCAAAGCUCUUCUGUGCUUUGAACCAGGAAGGGGCAUGGGGGAGAACUUGCUCCCUGCACUGGUCUGGAAGUUGAGGCUUGAGUGGGAGUCACCCCCCUAGUGCCACCCACUGAGGACAAAGUGACUCAGGGAGAGUGUUGGCCCCAUCUCUCCCUUUCCCUGCAGCCCCCUUCUAGGGGAUGGUGCCAAGAUUGCUUUUCUGGGGAAAAUGUUUGGAAAGUUGCACGUGGCAGGAGUCUUCAGUCUUUUAAAUCCCCUUUUUCCAGGGCCAGGUGAAUUUUCCCCCUAAGGGGUUUUUAGGGCCAGGAACAGCUCAUGCAUCAAUAAAUAAUAAUAAUUAGUCAAA